CUUAAUCGUUGUUACUUUCAUUUUUUAUUGCUUAUGAGUUAUUGUCUAUUAAUAAAGCGAAGCCAUUAUAAAUGGUGAUGCGUUAAACCUUUGUUAAAAGAAGACUCUCUGAGUAAUUAAUUUGUUAGUUAUAUAUUAUUCUGGAACUGUAUGAUCCUAAUAAGCUUCAAGAGGCUUGAACUCAGCUGAGCAGGUGUGGGUGUCAGGGAGGUUUCCAAGACUUUUUGCCACUUAUCCAGAUCUCAGAGGACCGAGAAGACAGAGAAAGAUCAAGACUCGCUUGUCGCAGCACAUCAACAGCUCAAAAAAUGGAGGACACCAGUUUUGAAGCUGAAAACAUGACCGGAGGCACAGCACAUAACACCACUAUGCAGCAAGAGAGAUUUACAAGCUUUGAGAUCUUUCAAAUAUGCAUUUGUAUUCCCACCAUUGUAGUGGGUCUCAUUGGAAAUGGACUUGUAAUAUUUCUGACUGGCUGCAGAAUGAAGAAGACCGUCAACUCCAUUUGGUUUCUCAACUUAGCGAUUGCAGACUUCCUCUUCAUGUUGUCUUCAAUCAUACUUCUUCUCUCAGUUUUGGCCUGGUGGAACCUUGACUUACUGAUAUACAUUAGCAUCAUGUCUACACUAAAUAUGUCUGCUAGUAUUUUUUUUCUUGUAGUUAUCAGUCUGGACCGAUGCCUGUGUACAUGGAUGGUUGUUUGGGCUAAAAAUGCACGAACUUUACUUAAAGCCAAGAUCAUCUGCAUAAUUGGGUGGGUUUCAUCCAUCGGAUACAGCAUUCCUUUCUUUAUGUUUGAUAUGUCUACUUCGCUGGUCACAUAUAAUUUUACACUGAGCUUCCUCUUCCCCUUUCUGAUCAUUGCAUCUUCAUACACAGCUAUUGGAGUACGAAUCAAACGCCUCAAAAGGGUGAAGCAGCUCAGGUCGUACCGGGUCAUUAUAACUGUAACUCUGGCUUUUUUCAUAUGUUGGUUUCCAUGCCAUGUUUGCAGUUUUUAUGCAGUAACUGUAGUAGGAAAUAAAUGGAGUGAUUAUGUAAUGAUAAAAAAAGUAUUUUUGACAGCAGUGAUUGUCAGUAUAUACCUGGUUUAUCUUAACAGCUGUCUGAACCCCAUUCUCUAUGUGUUCAUGUGUGAUGAGUAUAAGAAGAAGCUUAAACAGUCUCUGCUGCUGGUGCUGGAGACAGCUUUUGCUGAAGAUCAUCUGGACUUUUAA